AGGCGUCUACACAUGCAUUACUGCACAGUAACUAAUUGGGAGUCAAUUUGAUACCUGCAUGACGCAGGUAUCAAACUUACACUCAAGUCGGUAUAAGUCACUGUAUUUACUGUGCAGUGCAGACUUGCACAUGUAGAUGCAUGCCCCUACUGCACAGUAAUUUUGGUUACUGCGCAGUAAAUGCGCAUGUGUAGACGCACCUGAUAAAGGAGGGUUCCAAUUUCAGCUAUGGCCCCUGAGAGUUCACAAACCAUUUUAUGGGCCGGGGGUUAAUUCUACUGAAAAUCUUACCAAAAUGUUUAAGCUAAUCCAGUAUUUCUUUCCUUUCCAUUAUGAAUUUGGGCUAGAGGGGAUCCAGAAGGAGUUUUGUUCUGGACAGACAACUAUCUCACUGGUCACACACCCAGAAAAACGAGUAAGCUUAUUCAGCUGUCUUUCCUCCACAGAGAAGAACAUGUUCAUUGCAUAAACACGAUCGGGUAAAAACCUCCUGUCUCUGUACUCCGGUGUACUGCAUAUGAAAUGUCUUUCCUGUGUCCACGAAAUGGACACACCGCGCGAUGAAGACUCAAGGAUGCAACACAUAUAGUACAAUCAGUCAAACUCCUGUUUCUCCCUGGAUGUGGAGUAUUCCUUCGUCUUGCUAACAAAUCACUUCCUCUCACUCCUGCUUGGGCAGCUAAUAAACCUGCUCUCUCCAUUGCUUUCAAGCAGGCGAUUAACAAUGUUCAUGAAAUAGCCGCCGGCUUGCCUGAAAUACCACCUGCAGAGAGUUUGGUCUCGCUCUCGCCGGGAACAGAAGAAGGGCAACACGAGGGCACGCCGCUGCUUGUGCAAGCCCUUGACUCUGCCCCAGUAGCGGACUCUCUCUUGUUUUCCGCGACGUGGGAAGUUUGUGUAAGCUGGCAGAGCUGCUCGGUGCCGUCCAGCCGCGGAGCCUUCCACACGCAGCUUUCUCCCACCUCUCUUCCCCAGCUCUUAGGGAGGUGGUGGGCUGUAAACACGAGCAGUUUGCAUUGGAUGCUGAGGAGCACAUUGUCAUUGGACGGGACGGCUGCCCAAAGUGUUUGUUGUAGAUAUAGUAAGUGUCUGUUGUCAGGAAAUGCCAGGUGAAAAGCUUAAAGUAAUACUGAAAAGAGCUGCCCAGGCUCCACUUGCAGGGGCCUUUCUCGUCUCCGGUGUACAGGUACCUUCCCUGACAGUCCAGGCUUCAUGUCGUUUUCCGCUAACUUUGGUCCACCUCCGGGGCCAGAUUUUCAAAGAGAAGUUAGAUACCUGAAAAUACAGAUAGGUGGGUCGGAGGACUUUUGAAAGCCUGUAGACAGAAUAGAUGCCUGAUUUCCAUUCGACUUAACUGACUGGACAUUUACCUUGCUCAGGUCCUUCUGAAAAUCCCAGUUAGGUCUUUUUUUCUUUAGGUACCGAAAGACCUUUGGCAUUCUGGCCCUGAACUUUUUACUGAGCUCCCAGUUCAGAGACCUGCCUCUUUAGCCUAGCCUAGCCUAGCCUAGCCUGCAGCAGCUGCUGAGAUGUGGGCAGCAGAAUUUAGCUGUGUGGCUCUGCCUGCCAGCUCUAGGGUAUGUCCGCUACACCUGGUCACACAUUCAUUCGGUUAAAGAUGGCUGGGCUUGUUUGAGGCACGGCGCUGUACAAGAGACCUCCCCGCAUACAGAAACAUAAACUCCUAUCUCUAAAUGAGCUCUGAUGCAAUAACCAAAUAUAAGCUGCCCCCGUCCUAUGUGAUUUACACUUGUGCAACUGCUAGCUGUGUCAGCAAUAGUGUUAAUGGGGAGAACAACCCAACGCGGACUUGCAGAGAUGAUGCUGACUGGAAACACCUGAAAUGCUGACAUCUCAAGAUGGAAAAUUCAAUCACAUGGGUGUAAUUAGAUGAGCAUUCCUUUACUGCUUCCCAGUAUACUUGUCAAAAGUACAAAGUCCAGAAAGGGCUCAAGUUUAGGUUACUUUUCCAUUUUCACACCCGGUGCCGAAAGGAGCUUCCUCAAUGCAGAAAGGGGAGUGGGAUUGAUAUCGGCCUCACCUAGGUCUUGCCUGUUACCAUCAGUGAGAUCAAUACCCGCAUCUGCAUGAGGUCCUGGGGAAGCGCACAGUCUUUUAAAGUCUCGCAGCUUGGCGUGUUUCCAAGCCAGUGGAAAUAAAGACCCGAGAAGACUCUCGUGGCGCUUCAGAGCGCACGGCUCUGAGCAGCGCAAGGGGACUCUGUUCCAGGUCCACUUGCAAAUGGACAGGAGCAAUAUCGUUUAACGAGCAGAAUGGAAAAGACGACGUCCAACAAUGAGACCCAGCCCCUUACCACUAGGCAAGAGCUCUUGGACUGUAAGGAAGGAGAAGACUGCAAAGAGAACGGACUUCUAGUCAGGAACCCUAAAUCUGCCCUGCGGCUGGUGGAGGAUGGCAAUAAAGUCCACCCCAGCCAGGGGGAUAAAGAGGAGGCAGGCCAGAUCUCAAACGGGUACUCAGUAGUUCAGAGCCCAGUGCCCUGCAACGGAGUGGGAGAUGGAGAAGACGUCCAGUGCACUGCUCCCGCAGCCACGACUACAACGACCACCACAACUUCCACCACGUGUGGGGCAGAAGCUCAACAGCAGCUGAUGGAGCUGGAUGAGAGAGAGACCUGGAGUAAAAAAAUGGACUUUCUGCUUUCUGUCAUUGGCUAUGCGGUGGAUCUGGGAAACGUCUGGCGAUUCCCCUAUAUAUGCUACCAAAACGGAGGAGGUGCGUUCCUCAUCCCGUACACAAUCAUGGCUAUCUUUGGAGGCAUUCCCCUCUUCUACAUGGAGCUAGCCCUGGGACAGUACCACAGAAAUGGGUGCAUCUCAGUCUGGAGGAAAAUCUGUCCAAUUUUCAAAGGAAUUGGCUUUGCCAUCUGCAUCAUAGCCUUUUACAUAGCCUCUUACUACAACACCAUUAUGGCUUGGGCCUUAUACUACCUCAUUUCCUCCUUCACGGCGGAGCUGCCCUGGACCACCUGCCAGAAUGCCUGGAACACGGGCAACUGCACCAGCUACUUCGGUACCGAAAACGUCACCUGGACCCCGCACUCCAUCUCUCCUGCAGAAGAAUUUUAUACCCGCCAAGUGCUACAGGUACAUAGGUCCAAAGGGCUGGAUGACCUGGGGGGCAUUAGCUGGCAACUGACCCUCUGUUUAUUGUUGAUCUUCACCAUUGUGUACUUCAGCAUCUGGAAAGGGGUCAAAACAUCUGGCAAGGUGGUGUGGGUGACUGCCACGUUCCCUUACGUCAUACUCUUUAUCCUAUUGAUACGAGGUGCCACUUUGCCAGGAGCCUGGAGGGGCGUCAUCUUCUAUCUGAAACCUGACUGGCAGAAACUCCUAGCUACAGAGGUUUGGGUGGAUGCUGCAGCUCAGAUUUUCUUCUCUCUCGGUCCAGGCUUUGGGGUCCUCCUAGCUUUUGCCAGCUACAACAAGUUCCACAACAACUGCUACCAGGACGCGCUGGUUACAAGCACGGUGAACUGCAUGACUAGUUUUGUCUCCGGGUUUGUCAUCUUCACCGUGCUUGGCUACAUGGCCGAGAUGAGGAACGAAGACGUGUCCGAGGUUGCCAAAGAUACAGGUCCCAGCCUUCUCUUCAUUACCUAUGCAGAGGCCAUCGCAAACAUGCCUGCCUCGACUUUUUUUGCCAUCAUAUUUUUCCUGAUGUUAAUCACUCUGGGACUAGACAGCACGUUUGCAGGGCUGGAAGGGGUGAUCACUGCAGUGCUGGAUGAAUUCCCACACGUCUGGGGCAAGCGCAGGGAAUGGUUUGUGCUUGGUCUGAUCAUCACUUGCUUCUUGGGGUCACUAUCGACCCUAACGUAUGGAGGUGCAUAUGUGGUGAAGCUGUUUGAAGAAUAUGCCACAGGGCCAGCUGUCCUAACAGUGGUCUUCUUGGAAUCGAUUGCUGUGGCCUGGUUCUAUGGCGUCACCCGGUUUUGCAGUGAUGUGAAGGAAAUGCUGGGCUUCACCCCAGGCUGGUAUUGGCGCAUUUGUUGGGUAGCAAUCAGCCCCAUCUUCCUUUUGUUCAUCAUUUGCAGUUUUAUAUCCAGUCCUCCGGACCUCCGGCUUUUCCAGUACAGCUAUCCCUACUGGACAACCGUAGUGGGUUACUGCAUAGGAACCUCCUCUUUCAUCUGCAUUCCAGUCUACAUGGUUUACCGGUUAUCAACCACCGCGGGAACGUUUAAAGAGCGUGUUUUAAAAAGCAUUACUCCGGAGACAGCCACAGAGAUCCCUUUUGGGGACAUCCGCAUGAACGCUGUUUAAGCUAACCUACCUUUUCUGGGGGAAAAAAACGACAUAAAUGUUUCUUUCCCAAGGCUCCCUCCUCCAAAGAAUUGAGUUUCCAGCUAAGCCAAGGAACAGGAGGGAGUUUUCCGCAGAGGCUCAGAAACCGGCAAUGCGCAUCUGGAAGCAUGGUGCCUCCAGCGUACGUAUCCAAACAUUUCCAUGAAAUCUGCUGUGCACUGCAAACCAGACUACAAGUUCACUGCUGAACUAAUUCAUUUAGGAAACAUGAGGAUGUUGUGUGCAUGCGUGUGAGAGAGAAUGCAGUCACUCGGUGGAUGAGCACCGGGGCCGUCUGGAAGCGUGUGCGAUUCCCUCAAUCGUCCCCAAAACGUAGGAUGAAUAUCAUCAGUUAGGAUUAGAUUUAGAAUCUCAAGUCUGUGGCUGUACUCCUGUAUCUUCCUCAAUGUGACCAUUUGUACUGGACCAUGUUGUAUUUGCGUCUAAGGAUCUCAUUGCUUCAACAAAAGUUGAAAAACACAGGAAAAUAGUUCUGAUAGCCAUAUACUACCCAAGUUAUUCAGAGCUUUGUAGCUUAAAAAAAUGAAUAGGACUCUCAGACCCCAGGGUAUUUUGUUGUGGAACAAGCAGAGGAUGAUGUAGGUAGCAAGCCCAAAGAGCACUGGUUGCCGCUCUGUACACAGUAGCGCACCCAGAUUGGAGCAUUAUCCUCCCCUGUUCCUUAUACCACUUCUGCCUCUGUCAAAGACAGGAUCCUGGGCUAGCUGGACCACUGGUCUGACCCACUGCUGCUGUUCUUACGUUCUGUCAUGUACUUUGGACCACACCAGUUCCCUUUCGUUGGUUCUUGCAAAAGUCACAUGCACCAGAAUGAUUUUUAAAGCUCUGGGUUUCACAAAAUGCUCAGCCUCUUCCCAUUUCCCUCUGCUACACAAAACAGUCAGUCCACCCACUUCUUGGUCGUAGGUCACUCGACAAGCAGUGAUGAUGUUAGCAAAUGCUAGGCUCCGUUGCCAUCUCUCCAUCACUUUUAGCUACGUACUCACAGUGACAUUUCACAGACAGACUACUUCCUUUAGAAACGGGAGCCCGGUGUGAAUUGCUUUAAGGUCAGAUGCCAGAAGCUGGACCACUGGCUUGUUUAUGGGACUUGUACUCCACAGCUAUAAUCUGCUGGAGCUUGUGGUUUUUUCCUAUUGUUUUCUUGUUGAAAAACUAAAAGUUGGGGUAGCUCUUUAGACUUGAUGGCUUACAAAGCUUUACCAAAAAAUAUAGCAGUCUGUACUAAAAUCAACUCUUCUAGCCUUUACCCUGAAGAUGAAGGGGAGGGGAUGGGGGAUAUUUUACCCUGAACAAGUGCUUGAGUGAAAUUCUGCAAGGGUGAAUCCUAAUGGUAACUGCUGGUAUAUACUUAGAGCAUUUAACUGCAAUUUAAAUUCCAUGUAACUUUAAAUUAUAUACACACACACACUUGCACCUUCCAAACAAGGGAGCAGGUUAAAUAGUGAGUAAACCUCUGACUAAUUGCUACUGCCAAGUCAACUGCAGGACCACAGAAUGACUACGCAGUUAGAUGGAAGUUGCUUAGUUAAACCUAUGUAGUUACUAUGUAAAUAAAGAAGAUUUAUGUCAUAUUUUUACCCCUACCACUUAUAGCCUUACAAAGUUUUGUUAUAAAACCCUAAACAAAUGAAGUUAAAAUAGGGCAUAACACUUCCUGAUACCUCUGCCUAUGUGAUGGAGUGCUAAAAAUGAGGUCACAUAUGGAGUUAUGGAGGCAGACGCUCAGAAACCAGCAAAAAGGGGGGAACAGGCUUACAGCAACAGAAAGAACCUGCCUUGUGCACAAAGGAGUGUACUCGUGGGUUUGUCAUCUGAAUACCAGCCAUCUUACAAGGGUUUUCUCCCUCUGUAUGUAGAUACCUACUCCAAAGCAUGCCUAUUACAGUAACCCUGUAGAUGUGAGAUCACUUAUCGGUAGGUGUUUAACUUAACCCACUUCCAAGGAAAUAAUUUAGAGCAGCGAAAGAUUAAUUUGUUCUAAACUGCUGACAAAGAGUACUAGGGCCACACAAGACCUGUCUAAUGGGAAUAAUGUUUCAACAGCACCAUGAGAGACAAAAUAAAUCUGUUUCUCACUGGAUAAUGACCUGCAACUUAACACUCACUACAUGUAAAAGUGACUUUUAAAAUGGAUUUUACAUUGAGCAGAUGUAGGGUAUGCUGGAGUUGAACACAAGGUGACUAAUCCCCCCCCGCAUAGGACGUGCUUUUUUAAUAUUUAAAACCAUCUAAUAUUUCAUAUCACCAGUAAAGCAGAACCACCAGAAAAUAAGAAGCCACUUGAUUUUAAACGUUUCUGCCAUGAGCUUGUUAUUGAAGAAAUACAUAUGAAGCUGCAGCAUAGACCGAGCAGGAUAAUCACAUACUUCCUACAUCACUUUUGGGAAAUAAAGAAUCACUAAAUCAGAUUAGGCAAUCCCAGCUGGUCUGUGUCCAACCCAUGCCAGAAGUGUCACUUAUUAUUUUUAAACAGAUACCAAAUAUAAAGUGAAUUUCGGCCUGCACCAAAGCAAACAGGAUCAGCUAGCUUUGCUAGGCUCAUUCAAAAAAAAAAAAAAUGUGCUGCUUAAAAACUGAACUCACAGCUCUGCUUUCUAUUAGCUUUUACUAAGUCCUGCUACAAAACACAGCACAAGGAGACACUCAGCUGCCAUCCAGCAGGAAGCAGAAGGUGGUUAGGUUCAGGAAGGGCACUAUCUGCAGUGAAGCCAAAAAGGUCCUUUCCCAAAGUGGAACUUGGGACGUGAAUUCUGCCAAGUACCUCUGUAGAAAUCGCUGCUUUUUCCUGGGCUUUGGAAGAGUAUGGGAACUGUGUGGCAAUGCCAUAUCACAGCCUUAUUACUGUAACUGUAACUGGGGGGCAAAAAAACCCCAAAUCCCGAUUGGUCCUAUUCAGACAGUAAUAUACAGUGGCUUCCCGGGCGAUUUCAGCACAGAAAAUAAAACAGCUGCCCAGCCGGAAUACCCUGAGCUUACACAGCAGCCCUACCACUGAUGCACUGUGCAUCAGGUGGGUAAGUCUUAACCAACUUCCCUGGGCACUGAAGGAAACCCCGAAACAAGAAACCACUACCUUGACAGUCAGAUGAUGCCAAACAGGCCUCAGAUUCUGCAGAGAAAUUAAGCCCGGGCUUAAUUUCAAAGCAACUGAACAUUGCCAUUCAAAAGUGUUAGCUGUCAGAGCAGAAAACCUGGGAAAUCUGAAAGCUGCAAGUUUUGGCAAAGGAAGGGCUGCAAUUAAGAAGCUGUAAAUUAACCUGUUGGCUGGACCACCGGUCAAAUUAGCUGCGAGGAGCUCUCUCUGAAUUCCCCAACUACUGAUUAAGAAGUUAUUGUACUUGUGCAUAAGCACUAAGGGAAACAAAGAUGCUAAUGUGGGUGUAUGUUUUAUUUGUCCUGAUCUCCUUUGAGGAACGACCGUAAUGUGCACAUUCUGCAGAUCUAGAAUCUCAGAAGGAAAUUCAGACUUCUGAAAGAAAAGGUUUGGCUCAGUCUCUAAAGCCUUUAAAGUACUCAAGAAUUUUAGCUGGGAUAUCCAUUUUACUUAACACAGCAAGGAAAUUCAGAAGCAGCACCGCUGUUUUCUCAGUGCUUAGUAUGAAGUAUGACUCUUGGUAUUAAAACACUGAGAUGCCGUGCAAUCGGUCUGAGUAACUCAGUCAUCCAACCUGACCAAGACGUGUCACCCUAAAUAACUAGAAGCCCACCAUGUGUGUGGUCCUUCCCAAGCCCAGAUGGAAAUAUAGGUCUUGUCCUAAAGAGCACUAAUUCUUAGAGAGAGAAAGGCGAGAUCCCCUCCCAAAUGACUUCCUUUCCUUGCCUCAGAAGGAUGAAACGUCCUAGGUUUUAAGGGAACUGGUCCAACAACAACACUUCUGAGAGGAAGAAACAAUCAAAAACCUUUUCUUCUCAUCUCUAUCUUUUCCAAGUCGUGUGACCCCAGGAGGGAUGCAUGUUCUCACUUGCAAGCAGAGCAUUAGACCUGUGCAGAAAGCUGAGGACUGAAACUGAAAUGGCACAAAAUAAAUGUUCUUAAGCAGAAGGGAUAUAGAGGAGAUGCUCAUCAUAUUUUACCCACUGAAAACUUUGCUUAAGGAGAUUUUAUUUGCUGGUUUGAAUGUCACAGUUCAGAUUUUAGUGGAGGGAUUCUGUAAGUGUAAAUGCAGAACAUUUUUAACGACAUCCUCUUCACGAGGAAUAAUCCAUACCGAGGCCUUUCUGGUGUAUUUUGGGAACAGAGUCAGGAUGCCUUCUAAAAAACAAACUUUAAAGUGCAGAAUUUUCUUUUUCAAUAUAAUGCAAAGAUGUAACCCAUGCAUACAUAUACACACAGAGCCCCCACGUGCCCUUUUUCAAGAGCUGAACAGGCAUACCGCUUUAAUUCCCAUGAAUUUUUAAUUGCACAUUGGCUCAAGGUUUUCUUAGGUCUUCAUUCUGAUCACAAGUUAGUUUCCCCAGCAUCUCUGGUUAGCUCAGAAGCUGAAGCCACGUUGUGCCAUUUCAUUUAUUUCCAUGCUUUCCACUACCUUUUUUAUUCCUUUUACACACUACUCCAAAAUCAUUAACGAUUUCAGUAAUUAUCAGUUAACUCAAUAAGUAAUGUUAUACAUGCAUUAGACGUGGAAUAUCUCGUUCACCAAAAUCUUAGUUCUACGGUUGCGCCAAAGGGGCUACACACCGGAUCUGAAAGCUUUUCCGACCACACAGUUCUUUUCUUCCUCGGUGAUUUACCAGUUCCUUGCACAGAACACCAGAAAAUCCCAUUCCCCGAUAUGAAAA